GGUACGAAAACAAAGUUUGCAACCAAACAAAAUCCAAUCUUUGUGGCUAUCCCCUCUUCUCCUUUCCUUUACCUUCACUCUCUUUCCCUUUUUGCAGUUUCCAUUGAAACUGUGGCUCAACAAUCAAACAUGAAUUACAAAAUCAAAAGCAACAUUUUGUCUUGUUGAGAUAUCAAUUUUAUCCAACACCUUGUACCACAACUUUGAAACUUAACUUUUUCGUUUCUUUUUUUCCUUUUUCUUUUUCUUUUUAUGGCUGCCACUACUUCUCUAUCUCUACUGCCUUCAUCUCUUGGUUUUCCAAAUGAACGCCCUUCCAGCACUUCACAAUCCUCUUCUUAUUCUUGUUCUUGUUCUGUUUUCUUCAAUGCUGGGACCCGUCUCAGGUCCCACGACAGCUUCGCUUGUGUGACUUUUCCUUCUUCUUCCUCUACAUGUUCUUGGAGAUUCAAUAAUAGGGCUGGUACUCACCGUUUUGGGACCACGGUGGUGGCUGCUUCUGGGGACUACUAUGCUACUCUUGGCGUACCCAAAUCAGCCUCCGGUAAAGAAAUUAAGGCCGCUUAUCGUAGAUUGGCUCGUCAGUAUCAUCCUGAUGUCAAUAAGGAGCCAGGAGCAACUGAAAAGUUUAAGGAGAUUAGUGCUGCAUAUGAGGUGUUAUCAGAUGAUAAAAAGAGAGCUUUGUAUGAUCAAUACGGUGAAGCUGGAGUCAAGAGUGCAGUAGGGGGCCAGUCCAGUGCUUAUACGACUAAUCCCUUUGAUCUCUUUGAAACAUUCUUUGGACCAAGUAUGGGUGGUUUUCCUGGCAUGGAUCAAACUGGAUUCGGAACAAGCCGUCGUAGUACGGUUAGUAAAGGUGAUGAUAUACGUUACGACAUUACUUUAGAAUUCUCGGAGGCUAUUUUUGGAGCUGAAAAGGAAUUUGAGCUUUCCCAUUUAGAAACAUGUGAAGUUUGUCUUGGAACUGGAGCAAAAGUUGGGUCAAAAAUGAGGAUAUGCUCAACUUGUGGUGGAAGGGGUCAAGUUAUGAGGACCGAGCAGACGCCCUUUGGCUUGUUUUCACAGGUUUCUGUUUGUCCAAAUUGUGGUGGGGAUGGUGAAGUUAUUUCUGAAAACUGCCGAAAAUGCUCUGGUAAAGGACGUGAACGAGUUAAGAAAAAUAUCAAAGUCAAAGUUCCUCCCGGGGUUAGUGCUGGCAGUAUCCUCAGAGUUGCAGGCGAGGGUGAUGCUGGACCAAAAGGGGGCCCUCCAGGAGAUCUCUAUGCAUAUCUAGAUGUUCAAGAAGUCCCAGGAAUUCAAAGAGAUGGCAUAAAUCUUUUGUCAACAGUUUCCAUUAGUUACCUUGAUGCCAUAUUGGGGUCUGUUGUCAAGGUUAAAACAGUGGAAGGGGUGACUGACCUACAGAUCCCACCAGGGACUCAACCAGGGGAUGUAUUAGUACUUGCAAGGAAAGGCGCACCAAAGCUGAACAAACCAUCUAUACGUGGUGACCAUUUAUUCACAAUCAAAGUUAACAUACCGAAUAGAAUUAGUGCUAAGGAGCGAGAAUUGCUUGAGGAACUUUCCUCUCUAAGUAAUACAAAUGGCAGUCGCUCUCGAACUCGCCCUAGGACUCAACCCGCAACUGCAACCAAAACUAGCGGAAGCCAGGUUAGUACCGAUGGAGAGAAAACUGAAGAAGCAGCUGCAGAUGAGAAUGAUACGUGGACAAAGUUAAAAAAAUUUGCCGGGUCAAUUGCAAAUGGAGCUGCUAAAUGGCUAAAAGACAACCUCUAAAUUGAUGUCUCUCCGGAUUAGGUUUUAGCCUAAACUCAGGAAUACCUGGCCUUUGAGUACACUGUUUUGCUAAAUAUUUUGAUCUCGGGAUAACACCAAGGUGUCAACUUAGUUUGGGAAUUAGCUUUAAAUGCAAUUUCUUGGUUUUGCGCUAUAAAAGAAAUAUAAGGGGAAACUGAGCAAAUUGUUUUAAUUUUUUAUUUUUUAUGCUGCUUAUUUGGAAUUAAACAGUUGUGUAUGCUUAUUGCUACUAUUCAAUUUUUAAUUAAUACAUUGGCAUGAACAAGAAACUCUUUCUUAUUGCAA